AUGAGCUACGACUACAACAUCUCCCGGGAGGAACGUGAGUUUUUCCUGUCCUCAAUGAAAAACGCCAGCGUCAACCAGACUCUAAAUGCCUUGCACAUCUGCGCGCCAUUAACGCCGGAAGUAAUUUUUCUUCUGACGUGCGGUAUCCUUAUGGUUGUUUUGAAUUCUCUUCUCGUGGUAAUUUUCAUAUUCCACCGCGAACUCCGUUCCCCGUUCUCUGUGUACCUCAUUGCUUUGUCCAUCGCCAAUGUCCUGUGUUCGGGUCGCAGCUUUUGCAACGCGAUACAAGAAGUCUGCCCUCAUUUUCUCUACCAUCCAGUUUUAUGCGAUUUGCGGCUGUACGUUGGAUGGUGUCUAUCCGGAUUGCCGGAAAACGUCCACCUUCUGAUAGCGGUUAACCGAAUCUGGGCGGUCGCCCUACCCAUAUCGUACCGCAAUCACCAUAGCAUCAAACUGGCGAUUGUUUUAAGUGCAGCAGCAUUCGUAUAUGUGCAGGUUCUAACGAUACCGAGUGUAGCGAUAAAUGCCUGGUACUAUCGCCCACCACUGGAUAAAUACGGUUGCUUUGUUAAUACAUUUAGAAUGCCGGUGUGGUACGAGAUCUCCAUCAUUCUCAUCUUUGAGUUCCCUGUAGUGUUUGUUCUGUUUACGUGGAUUUAUCUCAUGGUGAGACUGCAUCGCAGCGCCAAAAGAGCAGCUAUGAGAAAAGGUCUAUCGCAGAUGAGCGAACAGAUGGGUGCCAUUCGGCAGAACAAGUUCAACGGAUCGUUCGCAGUAUUUUCUUUUCUGACAAUAGGUGCGGUGGUAUGUUGGCUCCCCUACGAGACCAUGUACGUGGUGUGGGGAUUCCGCAACCGCACGGAAAGCGAGCGGAAACUGCCUUUGAAUCUACUGGCAGUGUAUACGCUUCAGCAGGUGCUGGAUCCGGUGCUGAUUGUGCUCACCAGUAAACCGCUGCGAUUAUGCGUGAGGCGCAUUGUCGGCUGCAGGACGUAA